AUGGACUUUGCGCCCUACCAGUCCUCUCCGCCGGAGCACUCCCGCCCUUUCUCCCCGCCGCGCAGCGGGCCGGCCUCUCCGCGCGCCUCGGUCGACCGCAGCCGGCCCUUCUCGCCCUCCCAGCAGCCGCGGCAGCAGUCCACGACCUCGCCGCCGCCCCUGCAGCACCCGCAGCCGCAGCGCACCUGGUCCGGCGGCAUCCCGAGCCCGAGCUACUACCAGAACGCGGGCAGCCCCGCCAACAACAACGGCGGCGGCGGGCAGCGGGACGGGUUCCUGGGAGGCUUCGGCGGUGGCGGCUCGUCGUCGUGGGGCGACAGGGGCGGCUUCGUGAGCGAGUUCGACACGAGCCUGGGCAUACGGCUGGACUACGAGGCGUGCCUGGCGUAUCUUGCUUGCCCGCCGCUCGGGGCGAUCCUGCUGCUCAUACUGGAGAGGAAGAGCGAUUAUGUCCGGUUCCAUGCGUGGCAAUCGGCGCUGCUCUUCACCGUCAUUAUGAUCGUCCACCUCAUCUUCUCCUUCUCGCCGGUCAUGAGCUGGCUCCUUUUCUUCGGCGACCUGGCGCUCAUUGCGGUGCUCACCCUCAAGGCGUAUCGAGACGCAGAUACGCUGGAUAGAUUCGAGCUUCCCAUCAUCGGCCAGAUAGCGAGCAGGAUUCUGGACGACGAAUAG